CCUGCCAUUCUUUGAUUACAACUGUGUAUCUUCUGCAACUGGUGCAAAAGCAGAGUGAUGGCCUCAGCUUCUCCAAUGGCCAGCCAGCUUAAAUCCAACUUCACCUCUCCAAUCACCACCAGACCUGCCUUGCUUUCUCCCAAGGGCCUCUCUGCCUCCCCACUCAGGCUCUUCCCUUCCAAGAGACUCUCUUCCUUCUCCAUCAAGGCUGUCCAAUCUGACAAGCAAAAUUUCCAAGUGAUUCAACCCAUUAACGGUGAUCCUUUCAUUGGAAGCUUGGAGACUCCAGUGACAUCAAGCCCUUUGAUUGCCUGGUACUUGUCCAACCUUCCAGCCUACAGGACAGCAGUCAGCCCACUUCUCAGGGGUGUUGAGGUGGGUCUAGCCCACGGUUACCUUCUGGUAGGCCCGUUUGUCAAGACAGGCCCAUUGAGGAACACUCCCUAUGCCGGAGGAGCUGGCUCUUUGGCUGCUGCUGGUCUUGUGGUCAUCCUAACCCUUUGCUUGACAAUCUAUGGAAUUUCCUCCUUCAAGGAAGGAGAGCCGUCCUCGGCGCCCGCUUUGACAUUGACCGGCCGAAAGAAGGAGCCCGAUCAGCUCCAAACCGCCGAAGGGUGGUCUAAAUUCACCGGUGGGUUCUUCUUCGGAGGCAUUUCGGGCGUCACUUGGGCCUACUUCCUCCUCUAUGUGGUAAACCUUCCUUACUACUUCAAGUAGAUUUGCUGCUUCUUGUCAAACUGUAACCACUCAUCAUGUAAUGUAUGCUACAUUGUUUGUUAAAUAUAUAUUUUAAUGUUUCAUCA